AUGGGGAAACAUUAUUUCCAUAUCGGUGAUUUCGUUGUGUUUGGAGCAACGAUACUGAUUUCUAUUGCCAUAGGAAUCUACUAUGCAUUUUCAGGAGGCCGUCAAAGGACAACUGCAGAAUAUCUGGUGGGAGGCAGGACCAUGUCUUUUAUUCCUGUGGCCAUUUCCUUGAUGGUCAGUUUCGAAUCGUCCAUCAUGAUGUUGGGGUUACCGGCAGAGGCCUAUGUCUACGGAAUCCAGAUCAUCUUCUCCUCGUGUGGGUUCCUGAUAUCCAAUCUUCUCAGCAUCCACAUUGUUGUACCGCUGCUGCAUCCACUCAAGAUAACCAGCGCUUAUGAGUACCUGGAGCUGAGGUUUCGUUCCCGCUCGGUGCGGUUGGUUGGCACUCUGAUGGGGAUGUUGACUUACAUCUGGUACAUGGGCAUAGUUCUGUUUGGUCCUGCUGUAGCGCUUGAAGCUGUUACUGACUUUCCACUUUGGAGUUCCAUUUUUAUCAUUGAACUGGUUGCCGUCAUCUAUACUGCAUUUGGUGGACUGAAGGCCGUCAUCUGGACCGAUGUCUUCCAGGCCUUUGUGAUGUUUGCUGGCAUUUUCGCCAUCCUUAUCAAGGGUACCAUCGAUGCUGGAGGCCCAACGGCUGUGUGGGACACGGCUUACAAAGGCGGCAGACUCAACUUCUUUAACUUCGACCCAGAUCCCCGGACACGUCACACAUUCUGGAACCUGUUCUUGGGCGCCAUCGUUCGUGGGUUUGGCCUGGGUUUUAACCAAAGUACAGUUCAGAGAAUCAGCAGCACCAAGACAAUCAAUGACGCCAAAAGAAUGCUGUUCAGCGUGGCGCCAUGUUUCACCAUUUCCCUCAUCAUUUCCGCUUACGAGGGAACUGUGGCCUACGCGUACUACCAGGCAAAAGGCUGUGACCCCUUUGAAUCAAAACAGAUCAACGACCCCAAUCAGAUUGUUCCAUAUAUGGUAAUGGACAUAUUUGAAUACCUACCCGGCAUGCCAGGUCUAUUUCUAGCUGCUCUGUUCAGCGCAUCUCUCAGCACGUUGUCUUCGGGACUCAGCAGUUUAUCUGCCUUACUCUGGGCAGAUGUUGUUCAUCCUUUAGUGGGUCCCCACAUCUCUGAGACAAAGGCAACCAUUAUCGCUAAAAUUGCAGUCCUGUGUUUUGGAGCUCUGGCUUGUGGUGUAGCCGUACUGGUUUCGCAGAUUGGCGGUACUCUGACUCAGAUCUCCGGGAGCUUGAUUGCAGCCUUCGGUGGACCGCUCAUUGGAAUCUUUUUCUUGGGUUGCUUCUGUCCAAGAUCUAAUGAAAAGGGCGCUAUAGCCGGUGGUUUUGCCGGUCUUGCCUUCGCUUUCUGGAUGUCCCUGGGGAUGAACUUUUCACCCGUCAUCAAGAAAACUCCCUGGUUACCUCCCGCCUCGAUAGCCAACUGUUCCGUGCCUGAUCUGGGCAACGGAACUGACUUGUGGAUGUCGUCUGUGUACAACUCUUCCAGUGUUUACAGUAACUACACCAUACUCUCAACUGUCAAGAGUAUUACGGAGCGGCCAUUUAGGGAACCUGAAGGUGUCGAGAAGCUGUAUACAGUGUCCUACCUGUGGAUUUCCGUCAUUGGAACCUUAGUGACCAUGGUCGUAGGUGUCAUAGUCAGUGUCUUCACGGGUAUGAACAAGCCAGGUGAUGUGGAUCCACGCUACUUGAUUUCCGUCUCAGAAUCCCUCCUCAUCUUUCUGCCCCGACCAGUGAAGCGGUACCUGUCAUCUAUAGGGCCCCAGUACAUCAAGGAAGAAUACAAGGCGAGAUUCCCAGACCCGGCUAAACGACUGGAAGAACUCGACAGAGAGGUAGAGAUAAAACCAAUCACCGACGAGAAGUUUCAAACAGACGGCUUCACGGAUAAGGAAUCCGUCCCUUUCCUGGGUAACAAGGCAAAACAUGAGAAUAACAGUGCCGUCCUUGAGAGCAAACACGAGGUCAUCCACAUGGACGAAUUGUCCAGAGACGGGGCGGUGACCAAUGGAGCUGUUGUGCAUGGUGACCAUGAGACUUCUGGUAGACAAGCAGAUGAUCCAAGCGAUGGGAAGGAGCUAAAUUAG